AUGGCGGCGCAGCUGUGCGUACAACGUACGUUGCCGGCAUAUCGAGCUUUCUUUUCGCUGGAUGCAGCCAAGCCCGUGGAACCCAGUCAAACAGGACAUGUACGCCCUCGUCGGUGGAGCAGGGAGCACUCGGUCCCUCCGAUCACCAGAGAUGCUAGCGAGCGGUAUGCUUUCUCUAUCCACCCCGUCAGUCGCCUGCCGAGUGUCACAUCCCGCCGUCUUUCGAUCCCGACUCCGUCCGGGGGGCGGCCAGCCCCAGCUUACCAAGCCCAAGCACGGGGUUCCCAGAGGACAGCGUCCACACCAACCGCCGCCGGACUGUCGACCGCGCCUCGGAACGUGUUACGGAGGAAGCAAUCCUCGAUCGUUCGGAAUCCCGCCGGCUCGCGCAACCCGUCUCGCACCGACUCCUCGGGAACACGUUCCGCCUCUUCCCUCCCUCCGCCCCAGGCCUCGCUUGAGCCCUCACCUAGCCUGGAGUUGGAUCGCGGGCUCACUGAAAGCCCAACGGAAAUCCGAGUCGCACACACCGUCGAGCUACCGAAGACCCAAGCACAUACAGUCACCAUCUAUCCCGAACUUGACCAGGGCCCGAGCAUUGAACUCCUUCACAAACUGGCCACCCAAGAUCUUCCGCCCCCGACUCCAGCCUACUCAGGAACGAGUAGUCAGCUGAGCGCCUUCAGCGCCAGCCCUUCGACGAGAUUUUCGGAGUCUCCCGGCCCGGGUCCAUAUAGUCGUGACACAACUCCGACUUCCAUGUUGUCACAAUCACCGGGCAUGCCGAGACAACUCAGUCCAGUUUUCACCAGCAUCACGAAUGAGGUGGAUUCCAUAUCCGCGGAUCUCGAAGUCCUGCCGGCCGUUCGCGAAUCGUUGACCUCGUCAACAGGCAAGGAGGCCAGACAGAAGAAAGCGAUUCAGAAACCGCCUACCCCUCCACCGCGCAAGUCAUCCCAGCAAUGUGCGAAAGAACGAGGCCAGGAAAGCCCCGGUGUGUCUCUUGAGUCUGCUCAACCAUCCAUCAACUCCCCACCCUCCUCCAAGCUCCCUCUAUCUCACAGGAAAAGCCCCGGCUCUGGUCGCACGACGAGAGGAGCGCCUCCCGUCCGUCCCAGCAGGGAUGGAGUCUCGAACCUACAGUCUCAGCUGUACGGUCCUCCGCCGAUUAUCCAUAGCAACCUUUCUUCCAUCUCGUUGGCGAGCGAUGGCCACGGCAAUGAGGCUCGGCCCGUAGACUCCGGAUCACAAGGAGCCUCGUCUUGCCCAUCAUCCCACGACCAAGGAGAGAAGGGCGCCUCUCGUAUCCCGAUGACGAGGGAGCCAACGCCCGUUUCACACCCCGAGGUGCCCAACAUUACAAGUCAAGCGGAUAGUGGUUGCUCAACCCCUAAUCGGAGCCCGAAAACAUCCACGUUCAACAGCCGGUUUCCUUUCUUUGGACGACGGGGCAAGACUGACCGCGCCGCGUCUCAAGCAGAGAAGAAAGAUAGACCCCCGCGGAAGGGGCCAGCUGCCGGCACAGGCCAUGAGGGGUACGGACGACUUGGGGCAAUUAGGAGAAGGAGCGGAGUUUCCCUCGCUGCGAAUCACGGGCAUAGCGGUCCAGGGCCGUCACAGGACAGCCUCGGCGGCAACCAACCCAUGGACGCCUUUCUCCUGGAGCGCAUCAAUCCCGUUGUCAUCUCCGGGGGCGAGAUCGUCGAUAACAGGAAUGCGAGCUCUAGCCUUACGCGAAUCGAAAGUAACCAGAGCUCACUAUUGAGUCGUCCAAGCAUGGAAUCCAGAGACUCCGAGAUGUCGACCACUUCAAGUCCCAGCAGGCCCGCCGCCACGAGGAGGCCAGCUUUUCAGCGAGGACUGAAGUCCGCCGUGGAUCAACGCAGGCCAUCCGAUAGCAGCGAUUCGGAUGCCCUAGUGAUGAAGUCAACCCGCACAAAGCAUGCUCCCAAGAAGAACGAUCCCGAGCCCGUGGCGGCAACGGUGAAGGUUGUUCAGCAAAAGCCUGUGUCCGUGCCGUUUUACGCUAUGCUCGACGGCUCUGAACAGGAAGAAAACGAAACGCUAACCGUGGAUGAUGUCCUGCGAGACACGUAUGCCUUGGGUGCGCCAUUUGCCGUCCCAGAACCGCCGGCUCUUGAUCCCAGGCGUCUCCAUACUACUACUUCAUGCCCACCGGAUGAUUCUGUCAUUCGCGCCACGGGCAAGCCGAGCCGGCUCCCUCAGGUCGGAAGGAUACCCAAGGUUGUCAACACCAGGACGGAAUCUGCUUCGUCGCGAAGCUUCUCCCGGCCGUUCAAUCGAGUUAGCGAACAGAGGCCACUUUGUCUCACGGUCGCAGACCCCAAGUCCAUCGCAACAGGUCCAAGCCCGCCCUGCCCCUCUGCGCCCGAGCUCACCCAGACGACAUCAUCCACGGCGGCCCAGGGUGCAAUGCUCAAGACGCGCGAAGAAUUUCUCGCCUUCUCCCCGAACCACAGCUUCGACGGGACGAGCUCAUCGUCUGGAUGCUCCGAUAUCCCGCCCAUCGCCAACACCAUCGUCGUUAUCCCGGAUGACAUGGGCCCGCUUGUUGAGGACGAGAUAUGGGACGAGUAUAACGACUUGAUCGGGGAUACACCUCUGCCUACUGCUCUGUCUACGGCGUCUUCGAGGGGAAUACCGUUCCACCUCGAGAGUUACGAAAGAACUAUGCCCAAAAAGAACACACAACUCCUCGAAUCUCCCACCAUCGUGCAAUCACCAGCUGCAAGCUUUCGGACCACCCAAGAAGACGAAAAGAGGAACACUGCCACCGAGUCCAGCACCUUCAGCGCUGACAUGACGGAGCGCAUCAAGGCCGCGUUCGCGCCCAAGUUCGAGGAUACACCAUGGGAACCUUCUGCCACCUCGGAGCCUGCAUUGAAAGACAAACCCAGUGAGCAUCUCGAUCGAAAGCCCUCGAGCCCAUCCCAAUCCCAGCGGAGGAACAGUCAGGCAUCUCGCGUUUCGCAAAAGUCGGACAGCAGCAGCUGUCGAUCAUCCGAAGACGAUACUGCUCUUGCGCAGGUCAAUCUCCGCGUUGGGUCCAUGACAGUCAGCAAAUGGCUCUCCUUCGGCCAUGUGCUCUUCAGCCCUACCAAGGACGACCUUGGACCCGACGUCGGGUCGCUCAAGAGGCAGUCUAUCCUAGUCAUUGACGGGCUUGGCAACGACGACUGGUCCUUCUACGCGGCAGAAACGUACCCCGCCGCCAGCUUUUUCAACAUGUCCCCCCGGGCACCACUGUCACCUGAGCACCGGACUUCGACCAACUUCCCUCUCAGUCCGCCCAACCACCACCAGAUCCAAUAUACCUCCCAUCUUGAGAAAUUCCCCUUCGGACCCGAAAGCUUCACCUCGGUGGUGUACCGUUUCCCGACUGCGGCCCCCGAAUCUCACUACCGCAACGUCGUGACCGAAGCUCGACGGGUCCUCAGGCCCGGCGGUUACAUCGAGCUUUCCGUUCUCGACGUCGACCUAAACAACAUGGCCAACCGGGGUCGCCGGACUGUGCGUCGGCUCAAAGAACGUAUCCAUGAGAAGUCGCCCGAGACCGCCCUUGGUUCCGCAUCUGAUCUCAUCCUGCGUCUUCUCGGGAAGAAGGGCUUCACGGAUAUCAAGACUUGCCGCGUCGGCGUUCCCGUAGCGAGCAUUGUCCCCAAGGCCCAGGCGGAAGGCGCGAAACCGGCGGCCGGCGGCGCAGAGAAAACGAAGGACCAACGUAGCUUGGCCGAUAUGAUGAACGACAACAGCGAAGCGGCCGACGAGAACAUCACCAAGAUGGUGGCCAAAGUGGGUCGCUGGUGGUACAGCCGUUGUUACGAGAGCGCUGCUGGUAGCGGAACCACUGGCAACGGCAAGAAGAAGAGCAUAUGGAACGACCGGGCCCUGCUGGCCGAGUGCGAGGAAUGGGGGACGAGCUUGAAGCUAACGGUGUGCCAUGCUCGUAUCCCCGAGAGGACGCGUGUGGCGAGCAUUUAG